UCUCAUCCACAUUCAUUGCCAGUGACAUGGACUCGGAUUCCAGUGAAGAUACUGGAGCUUUGGCUCAAAUGGCCCCAUGCUCUGUUCCAACAGUAGUUUCAAGCAUGAAAAUUGAUCAAGAUGAUAUACUUCUCGGUGAGGUAGAGAUGCUGGUGGAGACUAGUUUAAAAGGGGAAGAUAGCCAGACAACUUUGACGUCAAAUGAUGAGUGGGGAGACAUCAAAAGUGACGACCUACUCAAGUGCGACAGUCUUGACCAGCAGAAGUACAUCAGUGGCGAGGUCUCCAUGAUCUCCGUCCAGCCUGCAGUGAGCGUCGGAAUGGCCCCCUGGACACCUCUGACUAUUAUUACUACCCAGGAGGGCCAAGUGACCCAGGCAGCUCAGAGUGAUACUCCACAUGACACAGAAGCAGUGGUGAUGGAUGAUCAGAGCUACCCAUCUGAUGCAGAGACUGGAGCUCCUCUCUUGAUGCCACCUCAACAGGCCGCACAGCAAACUACCAUCCCACAGCCUCAAGGCCAUGAGAUGUUGAUGAAGUUAUUCUACAAGAGACAGCAAGUUGCCCAGUACGAGAUAAACAACCCCAACGGCAGUCGCCUGUAUUAUAAUUCAUCCAAUCCUGGCACUGAGCAAAACAUGGCAGAGGUUGCUCAGAGCUUUGCCAUGGAAAUGGGGGAGCAAGUUGAUCAGCUGUUUGGUCCCAGAGCAGUGAGCCAAUAUCUCAUGCCACCACCAGGUUCGUGUAUAGACCAUCAACAAGAAUUAACCAACAAAAUUUUAGAGUGCAUGGAACGAGGCCUUUUGCUGAAGUGUGUUAAUGGAGAUAUUUACGCUGCUAGAUAUUGUAGGUGUGUCGUCUUCUGCGCCUCUCCACACAAGGAAGAUGAGAUCUUCAAACUGGAGCGAGACAACUCGGACUUUAAACUCUUUGAUUUUAACAAUUAUUUUGUACCUGCUGUUCAAAAGUACCUUCAAGGCCAAGGUCCUCGACCCAACAUCGAAGUUCGCCUUGGAUUUGGUCAAGCAUGGUAUAAUCAAAAUUGGUCUGAGCGUGAAAUUUUCAUUUCUGGAUCAGUUGUCAGUGCCAAAGCUUUGUUUGUUCUUCAGCAGCUCGACCAGCAAUACGGUCCACACAUACAAAUCUCUUUGUCUGAUGAUAAUGACAGAAUAGUGGAGACCAUCAAACAGCUCUGCAGCCUGAAGACCCCCACCAGGUCCACAGCAAUGGAGGUAUCUGCCUAGGACUAGUGUUACGGAAGUCAUUACCAAGUCAUGGCAAUGCAAAUUGCGCAAAUAUCUGUGUUGUGUGCGCUUUCAGAAAAUGCUGUGUGACGUGCAUGAGCCUGAUGCAAUGUUGACUAGACCAUUGACUAUGUUAUUUUAGAAAAUAAUUUGGAAAGUGGUAGGAAGUUGAGGCUUCUUUGUAAUUCUUAUUACAAUGCAUUUAUUCUGUGGUGGCAUUACAGUUCAGUGAUAAACUGUGUCAUAUUUUUGUUUUCACAUAUAUAUAUGGAUUGGAAAUCAAAAUG